UGAUUAUUUUCUGGAUAAGAGCGUCCCUGCAUUCCUCCUUGUUCAGCGUAAGCCAUGGCCUGGCAGCAAUCACCCUCGCCGGCGGCGGCGAACUCAUCGCCACCACCCGCUCCCACCACCGUAAUCUCUCUCGACGAAGAUCUCCUCCGCGAGAUCUUCCUCCGCCUCCCCUCCCUCCCGAGCCUCGUCCGUGCCGCCCUCAGCUGCCGCACCUUCCUCGGCGCCGUCCGCUCGUCCCCCGCCUUCCGCCGCAGCUUCCGGGAGGCCCACCUGCCCCCUCUCCUCGGCCUCUUCUUCGACCCCGAAGUGCCCUCCAUCCCCGCCUUCGCGCCCCUCCGCCGCCGCGCCGACCCUGACCUCGCGGCCGCCGUCCGCGGCGCCGAUUUCUUCCUCACCCGCCUCCCCGCCGACGACGACACCUUCCCGGGGUGGGCCAUAGAGGGCUGCUGCGACGGCAACGUCCUCCUCCAGAACUGCAGCCUGGAGCAGUUCGCCGUCUACAACCCCCUCGCGCGGGCCCUGGAUCUCAUCCCCGUGCCGCCCGACAAGAUCUUCGACGGCGCCCGCGGCGACGCCAAGUACCUCGGAUGCUACAUCCUCUCCUCCGAAGAGGGCGGCGAGCCGCUGCGCCUGGUCUACACCUGCCAUGACAAGUCGCGGGCGCGUGCCGCCGUCUUCUCGUCGGAGAGCAGGGAGUGGCAGAUCUUCCCGUGGUCGGAGGCUGUGACGCCACUGCCUGAAGACGAGCACUGGCUUAAAGUUGGCACGUUGGUGAAUGGGUUCGUCUACUGGAUACACACAAAUGAAGCCUACAUCCUUGUGCUGAACACAGCGACACUACAUUUCUCCCAGAUGGAUUUGCCGCCGACCUUGGUGGCGCGAGAUCUCAUAUUCAGGGUUGGCGAGACCAAGGAUGGGAAGCCUUGCAUUGUCUGCCCAAUUGAUUUCGAGCUUUUUGUUUGGGUCCGGGGAGCCGAGGAUGACGGCAUCGAGAGAUGGAUAUUUGACCAGAGGUUUCCGUUGGAGACGAUUGUCGAGGUCACCGAGAGUACACUUGUGGAACAUGGUGACCUGAAGGUUGUGGCCACUAUUGGUGGAUUUGUGUACUUCUCUACCAUGGAAACGUUCCUUGAUGGUCAUAAUCCUAGUUGGUUCAUGUCUCUAUGCAUGGAGACAGGGGAGCUGGCCACGCUCUUUCAGAGGAGAUUUGACGGCCAUCCCCAUCCCUACAUCAUGGCAUGGCCUCCUUGCUUGAUAGACAACCAGGUGCACCCUCAACUUGAAGGUGCUUGAUGGAAUGUGGACAAGACGGAAGUCAGAAAACUGAGAGGAGCCGAAGUGGGGGGUUAAAACCGUUUAGAGAAGCAGGAACCGAAGUCUUGAGGGCAACCGAAGAUGGGAGGAUCACUCAUCAAUUCCAGGGCCAACGCGAGGUUUACUGGAGGUCGUCUUGCGACCCAAAUGCUCGUGUCCUUGGCUGGCAGUGUUGAUUAGGUUUGCUGCUGCGUUUCACCCCAAACUGAUUCAGAAAAUGAGUGUAUGUUGUGUGUUGUGCUGCCUUUCCCUUAGAGACAUCACACUGCAGUUUACCCUAUUAUAUAUUCAACAGCAGUAAUGUAAUGGCCAGCAUGGGUCGGAGGAAAUUAAGCCUAAAUGCUUACCAUUUUCACUGCCCCUGUUCCAAAAUAUAAAGGCGGAAGAAACAAUGUUUUCCCUUGUUUAUUUGUGAA